AUGAAGUUGAAAAAGAGAGUAAAAGGUGGAAGUUAUUAAAAGGGAAGAAUAAAAAAUAAGAAAAUAAAGAAAGUAGAAUAAAAUGAGAAAGUAAAGAAUAUAGAUUUGGGUAAACCUCCAAAUUUAUAAAAUAUUACUAUAAAAUAAACCUAAUAUUUGGGCAGCUAAAGAGGAAGACAUAUACUACUCCAUCUUGCAGGAGCAAAGAAAUCAAUAAGUAAUGAAGACAAUAGAAGAGAAAUAAAGGAAAAACAAGAAUUAUUACACUUUAUUAACAAAAUGAAACCAUUUUAUGAUUUAUUAGAAUCUAUAUAUCAAAAUUAUCUUGAAUUUCCAAUUAAAUAGAAAAAGAAAGAAAGAUUAAUAGUAUUUUUUUUUAGAAAUAAUUCUGAUGUUGAUCCUAAUUAUGAUAAAUUAAAUCCUUUAGAAAAUUCAAAAUUUUAACAGAAUUUAGAUGAAAUUAAAUUGUAACUUGAUAAAGUCUUUUAUAGAGACCUUUAUAAUAUAUUAAAAUAACUCGAAGGAAAUGAACAUAAUAUAUAAGAUCAAAUUAAUUUAAUCACUUAAGAUAUAAUUGAAUAGACCAAUUAAUUAAAUGAACUAUCUUAAGCUAAUACUAUAGUGAAGAAUUUAUUUAUUUAGUUAUUAAUAGAAUAAGGAAAUCAUAAAUUCUCAUAAUUAGAAACAUUAAUUGAAAAAUAGAAUAAAAACUAAUUAAUUUUAAUGUUUAAACAGCUUAUUACUUAGAAUUCAAUUCGAAUUACAAAGUUUAUAACAGAUAUAGUAUAAUUAUUUCAAGGAGAUGAUUUAAACAAUUCAAUUUAAUGUACUUUUCAACAGACAAAUUAUGACGAAAACUAUCAUAUACAACAAAAAUGGCAAUCUUAAGAAAAUGAAAACUCAGUUUAUUUAAGUGAUUGA